AUUUCCAAAAAAGAAAUGGAAAAAGUGAAAGAGCAAGACUGUAAGUUAAGACAUUGGCAGUGCUAGUCUGUUUCUGUUUAGUUCAUCAAAUCAUUGAAUAUUUGAAUCUAUAUAUACAUUUUCACUAGGAUGGUGAGGGAUACGUUUUUGGUGGUAACUAACUGAAACUACAGCAUGAGUGCCGGAACUGACGGAGAAGAGGCACCUAUAGCAACAGUGAAAUGCAGGAGUAAUACUUUGGAAUAUUCAGCGGAAAGAAGGAAAUCUCUGCGAUCUCGCUAUGUAUAUGGAUUCAUUUUCUUCCUGAUGAACCUUACGACUUGGUUUAUCCGUGAUUACGGGCACAAUGUUUUUCAGAAUGAGCUUUUUGUACGAUUUUGCGGUCCUGCGCCGGGAGGCGGCUGUUUUCAUAAGAUGGGAGUACUGCGUCUGAGUUUGGGGUGCUUUAUAUUUUUUCUGUUGAUGUUCCUCACCACAUGCCAAACCAGCAAAUUGCAAGAAGCGCGCAAUACAUGGCAUUCCAACUGGUGGCUUUUCAAGUUUGUCUUGCUGAUUAUAACAUUAGUGCUACCAUUUUUUUGCCCUCCGUCCUUGAUCCAUUUAUAUGGUGAACUUGCUCGCGUCGGUGCAGGAGUUUUCCUCCUCCUCCAACUAGUAAGUGUGAUUCAGUUUAUGACGAUGGUGAAUAACUAUUGGAUGUCAGACGCUACAUUGAACGGAAGCUGCUGCCUUGGGUUAUUCAUGUCCAUAGUUUUCUACAUCGGUUCAGUCUGUGGAAUCGCAUUGAUGUAUUUAUUGUACGCACCAACACUCUCCUGCACCAUCAACAUAUUUUUCAUAUCGUGGACAGUUAUCUUAAUUAUUGCUAUGACGGUCUUAACCAUACACUCAAAGGUUAGGUGUCUUCUAUCUUCAGGGAUUAUGGCUUCGUAUAUCGUUUAUCUUUGUUGGUCUGCUAUUAGAAGCGAGCCUAAGAAUAAUAAAUGCAGUCCGAAACACGACGGAUCUGGAGACGGUGAUUGGACCACUGUUCUUGCAUUUCUUAUUGCGAUUUGUGCAGUAGUAAUGGCUACAUUUUCCACGGGAAUUGAUUCACAAUCGUUUCAGUUUCAAAAGGAAGAGGUUCAACAUGAAGAAGAUAUACCUUACAAGUAUGGGUUUUUUCACUUGGUAUUUUCUUUGGGGUCCAUGUACUUUGCAAUGUUAUUCAUCAGUUGGCAACUACUAGAUCACCCUGCUGCCAAAAGAUGGAGUAUUGAUGUCGGAUCAACUAGUACAUGGGUGAAAAUCAUAAACGUAUCGUUUGCAGCGAUCAUUUACGUGUGGAAGCUGAUAUUGCCAGUUACAAGGCAAAACAAAGUCAUGAGUGAUCAAGACAAGCCGAUGAAUAAUUCUACAAAUAUAAUUCCUUAGCCUAACAACGGAAGUAAUAUAAGUUCUCUUUUUAUCAAAUGGUAUCUCCAUCACAACAUGUAUGAAGCUUGGUGGUUGAUUCAACCACUGUGUCGUAUUGGCAGUCCCCUAUUUAUCAAGAAUAUCAAUGACAGAGUUUUCCUCCGCAUGUAUGUGAUAAUAUGAGAAAACCUAAAGUAGUAUUUUUAGGAUAAACUGGAUAAUUUUAAGCUUUGGUUGUGCUUGUUCUCCAUGGCUUAGGCCUUCUACUACUUCUACACUACAACCUAGGAGCAAGCAUUAUGUUUUCUUCGUUACAACUCUUUUCAAAAAAGGAUAUAAGCGUGUAGAUCCAUCUACACGCAGAUUUAUAUAUCCAUAUAUGUUGUAUUUGAUGAGUCUUCUUUUCCAUUUAAAGACUUAUCUAUUUCACAUU